AUACUAGACAAUGAUCAGCUUGAUUUUGCAACGAUCAGCUUGAUUUUGCAACCAAAAACCCCUACCCUAUUCCAGACUAGCUAUUUGCAAUGCAGAAACUUAACCACCAUCGUAGUCCAACAUACGCUAACUAAACCAAUAUUUCACAAAGUCACUUCCAAGUUUCAAUUUCUAUUACAGAACCCCGGAUGAAGAACCCUGUUCUAGACUAAAUUAUUUAUACAUCGGCCGCUUUUCCGGUAAAUUACACCUUUUUCUAAACCAAAACUGUCUGAUUUCUGUGCCCUAUCCCAGACUAAACUACCAUACCCUUCACGGCGGCACGUACCCAUAUGGCUUAUGUAUGGGAGUACCUCCUCCCCCCCGGUUCAUUGCAACUUGUUUUCAAGGACCAGUACAUUUCCCGGGUGGAUGUCAUCACGGCGCUUCUAACGGUAACAAGAGACAAGUCAGUUUUUAAACCCAUAAGUCAAAUAACUCGUAAAAGGUCACAUUCCACAUAGCGAGGACGCAAAAUUCAGCCACGCACAAAGCCGAGUUGAAAAUAGCUUCAAGAAGUUUUAAAUUUUAAGGUUAAGAGACCACUUCUAGACAUUUUUGGAUCCAAAGUGAGAUCUUAGACCCUCUCUCAGCGUGAUGAAGAAAUGCCAUUAAGCAUGUUAACUGUUCGCCUGUAAGCCAAGGAAACACCGUGAUAUGAUCAUGUUGAUAAAGAUUAGACUUCCGUUGCUUGUGUGCGGUACUGGUGUGGUGCCCUCACAGGUCGUCAUCACCUUUUGUGUCGUCGAGUUUCUUGUCCAAUCACGGAUGAAUCGGAACAAUGACAAGGGUGAAAUGGAACAAGAGAACAGAAUUAGAAACCGAUCGCGUUUCACUGAUCCAAUGUGACUAAAGCGAAAUUAUGCUUGUGAACGCGUGAAUGGCUCUAAGCCCGGAUUAUGGCUUUACAAAUGUUCCCUUCCCUUUCCCUCAACCUGGAAACGCUGUUCUACGUUCAAGAACUGCAAGAUAACCGAUGCUUUUCGGGUCCUGUACGUUCAAAUGUCCGCGAGUUGAAAACCUUUGACGUCGUUUCAUGUUGAACUUCGCGUGGUCGAAGUUUCAACAUUUGAGCCCGAAAAUGACUGCUGUUUCGUCGAAGGACUUCGUUUGGGCAAAGGACGGUCUUCGAAAGAUUGACCAGGGCCAUGCAAAGGGAAAUAGGAAAGCUCUGCUUGUGCAGUCUAAAGUACAGUCAUUCCUUGAAAUACUCGGCAUGUCUAAUCACCGGAACAAUGGAGGCUUUAUUUUGAAGCGUUUCGUUGUCCUGAUCGUUCUCGCCAUUGGACUGAUCUGGGCAAAACUCGAACCAAACGUGGAAAAUCUUUGGAUAGAAGCGGAUGGACGACUAAAGAAAGAGCUAGAAUAUACCAAGAAAUCGCUUGGAGAAGGUUACGGCAGCACAAAUGAGCUACUGAUACAAACACCCAAUGAAGAAGGAACAAAUAUUCUUACUGUAGAGGCCUUGAAGCGGCACUUGGACAUUUUAAUGAAAGUCACAAAUGUCUCAGUGGAUUUGUUUGACCAAACCUGGAAACUGACGGAUAUUUGCUACACUUUGGUUCCAACUUUUAACAAUCCCAAUCUUGGUCGAUUAAUGCCAUGUGUUAUCAUAAGUGCUUUGGAUUGCUUUUGGGAAGGAGCGAAGCCACUCGAACCGCAAGUCCAGCCCGUUCUACCGAGUGGUACUCCUCUACCGAAGUGGAAAAACCUAACCAUCCCGUCACUGAUACAAGCAGUGCGCACUGAGAUUCCUCAGGACUACGAGAAGUUUAUGUGGCUGCUCAAAGAGGCUGGAAUCAACAGCGGCUAUAUGACGAAACCUUGUCUUGAUCCACAUGAUUCAGAAUGUCCAAAAACCGCACCAAAUUACAAGACCAAGAAGAAACCAGACAUAGGUGUGGAAUUGACUGGUGGCUGUCAGGGGUUUGCUACCAAAUAUAUGGACUGGCCUGAAGAGCUUAUUGUGGGAAGAACUGUCAAGAACGGAAGCAGAAUUAUUAGGGCUGAAGCAUAUCAGAGCAUUGUAAUGUUGAUGGGAAGUCAACAGCUUUAUACUCGCUGGCAUGGAGAGACAAAAGUGAACCACAUGAGCGACGGGGAUCCAGCGUGGACGAAUGAUACAGCGUCGCAAGUAUUAGAAGCGUGGAAGAGUGAGUUCACCAAGGUCAUCAACUCAGCUGACCAAAGUCAGGAAGAUUCAACAGUAUUGGCUUUCUCCUCCACAUCGUUGAAUGGUUUACUGAAGGACUUUUCUCAAAUAAGCUAUCUCUACGUAGGGAUUGCAUAUGUGCUAAUGCUCCUCUACGCAUGUGUUACCCAUGGUGCUCUUGGGUUUGGUGGUGUCGUUCUUGUCACUGUUGCAGUUGUUUCGGGCCUGGGAUGUUGUUCGAUUUUCCAGAUCAAAUUUAGUGACGCAUCAAAGCAGAUCUUGCCGUUUAUUGCUCUGAGUUUGGGUGUCAAUGAUAUCUUCCUGCUAUCUCACACUUAUUCAUCUGCUAAAGAUAAUGACCAGGAUCCUGCAGUGUACCUCCUUGCUAGUACUGGAGUCAGCGUGUUCUUGACAUCCUUCAAUAACAUGUUUGCAUUCUUUAUGGUAGCACCCAUACCCAUACCAGCUUUGCGGUCCCUUUCUUUACAGGUUUGUGCAGAUUAAAGAAACAAAUAUGAAAAGCAAUCAUGAUCUCACAGCUGACGUUACCAACCAGUAUACUUUGUUUAUAAAAGCUGUGACAAGGCAAAUUUGCUCAGGGUUUUUUCUGCGGCAUGCUUUAGCUAGCUGUCACGUUGUUUUUGACAGACUCACUAUGUACCCGAGACUAGUUCAGCAAAUACAGUUGUCUUUGCAACAAAAUGGAAAUUUAGUGACAUACAAAAGAAGACUGGCUAAGAAAAUAAUAGAACCAACAACAGAAACAAUAAACCGGGCUCUUAGGUAGCGUCCCCACUACGACAGAGAAAUUUGAAAACGCCGUUGUAUUUCUACGGUUAGGCGUACCGUCUACACUAACCCGU